AUGCUGCUCCCCCGUUCAAGGCCAACUGUGGCGUGCGAGCGCAUGGCAUGGCGCGCGCGACUUGGAACCAUGGACGGCCAUUUCCGCUGGCGCGCCUCCGCGUCGCCGCCGCACUUGAGUCGCGACGACGGGGACAGCGACGAUCUGGAUGACACUGCCGCGCCGUGUCGCAAAGGGUCCUUGCCGACCCCUCCUUUACUCCGCGCUCCCUCCUCCACCGUGACACCCGCCGCUGCGUCUGGCCCCGGGAGACGCGCGGCGGUGCAGCGCGAGCUGGAGCGGAUGGCGCGGCUGCGCGCGGUGCUUGACGCGCGAGAGGUGGAGGUGCUGGCGGUUCUCGACUCCGCCUUCACGUGGCUCCGCUGCGCCGCGCAGCCCUGCGUGCCAGAUGCCGCGCAAGCCGCAGACGAGUGCGCGGAAAGCUUGUACGACGGGCGACGGCAGGCGGGACUCGCCACAGUGGUCCUCGCGGACGACGAUGACGAUGGCGCCGCCGCUGUUGCCGCGGCUGUUGACUAUUCCGCUCCGCCUGCUGCUGCGCUUCUCGCACGUCGCUCGUUUACGUCGCCCAUCGGCGACGGACGGAGGAACGGCGCGCGGCCAGCCAAUGGUGGCGGCCAACUGCACUCUGCCGUUCGGCCCGUCGCCCAGUAUUCGCUGGCUGGCGGGGACGAGGGCUCUCUUCCCGCCCAGGCGUCGCAGGCGGCAGCUGUCGUUGCGGGCUGCGCGCCGAGCGCAGGAACUCACACCGUGGGCGGCGGCGUCGUGGUGCGAGCGGAGGAACGGGAGGAGGGAGGAGAGGUGGUGGUGAAGAGGAAGCGAGGCCGGCCCAAGGGCAGCGGCAAGAAGGGGUCGCUCGCCGCGCUCACUCCGUCGCACGCCACGCCCUUGAUUCGCAUUCCGGCCUCUGCUCGUCUUCCGUCCCCCGCCUCAACGCCGCGCGCGCUCUCGAACGCCGCCACUGCGUCUCCUGCAGAUGCCAAAACUGGCGGCGACGGGAGCGGCGAAGAGGAAGCGAUGAAAUGGGGAGAGCGGCGCGAGGUUGGGCGCGACGAGAUCAAGGAAGGCCGCGCGAUGGUUCAGUUCCAGGACAGCGCGGGGGCGGCGGAGUGGCAGAGAGCGGGCCGUCCAGGAAAUGGGAACAGUGAGCAGCGCGGCGAGGGCGAAGCGGAGACCUGGCGGAUGAGCGCGUGUGGCGCUAGCCGCCCAGUCGGACCCGCGGACGGCGGUGGUCCUGGCCGCCCUGCAGCAGUGAGGGCGGGGCUGCAUGGCAGCGCGCAGCGGACGGGCGGCGUCGAGGGGCGGGGCAGCAAGGGACCGUUGGGCGGCGGUGCCGGAGUGGGGGCGAGCGGCAGGGGGCGGAAGAGCAAAGGGCCUACAGGGAGGCCGCGAGGCAGGCCGAGGGUUGUUGGCGUGGAAAAGAAGGGGUGCGCAGAUGGGUCCAGGCAGUGGCAGGAGCGGGCGCAGGAAGGACAGGCGGUUAAGCGGGUGGGGGGCGCUGGGGACAAGGCAGAAGGCGGCACGGCUGAUGGCUACCCAGUGUGGGCCGUGGGCGACGGUGAGGGCCGUGCGGAGGAGGGCACAGGGGGGAGGGCGGAAGGGGGACCCGUGUACCUGAGCGACCCGGAGCAGCGGCACGGGCGCAUGCUGGCGAGUGACGUGGCGGCUGUGGCGGGUGGCGGCACAGGCGCCUCCAGCGCGCCCCCCACGCCCAGCGCCGCCCUUGGCGCCUGCUGUGUAGGCACGUGCACGUGCACGUGCACGGGUAUGGGCACGGGCAUGGGCACGGGCACGGGCACGGGCAUGGGCAUGGGCACGGGCACGGGCAUGGGCACGGGCAUGGGCACGGGCACGGGCAUGGGCACGGGCGUGGACGACGCUGCAGAGGCGCUGGAGUCAGUAUGGGGAGAGGCAAGUGGUUCACAUGGGGCUGCUGCGAUGGGCAGUGCGGAUGGGCUGCUACUGGAUGACAUGCAGGCGGGGUGGCUGCAUGGCGUGGGUGGGCUGGCUGGUGCGCAUGGCAUUCAGCAUGGGGGGGUGCCGGUGGCAGGAAAGAGGGUGGAAGAGGGGGGGAGGGAUGGUGGGGGAUGUGUGGCAAAGAAGAUGAGGGUGUCACACGGUGGGGAGGGUAGUGGUGAUGGGGGCAAGGAGGGUGUUAUGGGGCGGGGUGUGUGGGGCAGCUGCAGUGAAGUGGCAUCCCAUGCAGACUGGAGGCCUUCAAGCGCUCUGGCUUUGGUGGGGGUGGGUGCGGGAGCCCUCUCAGGAUCACAUCCACCUGCCUGA